AUGUCAGGGAGCAACCAUGACCUGGUGCUUAUUAAAGAACUGGAGGUCAUCUUGGAUUCCGGCACACUGGAGCUCACGCCAGUGGAUGAAGUCUGGCCCAACCUGUACAUAGGAAAUGUGGCCGUUGCACAGAAUAGAAAAAAAUUACCCAAACUUGGCAUCACUCAUGUCCUGAAUGCUGCGCACUACAAGCAGGGCAGCAUCGGUGACCAGCGUUUUUACGGGGACACCUGCGUUUACUUUGGCAUCCCAGCAGAGGAUUCAGACCACUUCGAUCUCAGUCAGUACUUAAAGCCUGCGGCUGACUUCAUACAUAAAGCCCUGAAGAGCAAAGAUGGGAAAGUGUUGGUGCAUUGCAUCAUGGGCAUGAGCCGAUCAGCCACUUUGGUGCUGGCUUACUUCAUGUUGCGGCAGCGUCUCCCUCUCAGAGAUGCUCUGAGGCAUGUCGUCCAAAAACGAGCCAUUUAUCCCAACCGGAAUUUCCUGUCGCUCCUCCUCAAGCUGGAGGAACAGCUGACACUCAAACGGCGGCUGUGUCCUCUUCUCUGA